AGAGCGCAGUGUUACAGACCUGUCCACUGAGGAGAGACAGGAGAGAGAAGAACAAGAGUGGGUAGGAGAGAAGAAGAGAGACCUGAGAAAAGAGUGAGACAAAAUAAGAAACUGAGUCAUCAUCAGGAAAUUAGGAAUUAGUAAAUGAUUAAAGGAGAAUUCCAGACUGGACAGAAGAAAGAAAGUCAUUCUUCAGAGAGAGAAUUUAAAGUUAACUUCUCAUUUGUCUGUGUGGAACGACCGUCCUCAGUAUGUUCUUCCUUCUCUCGCUGUGUAUGUGUGGUCUUCUGCUGCGAGGAGAUGCACAGGACCGAGCUGCUCUGUGGAGGGGAAACGACCGAAGUGGACGAUGCCAGUACACCUUCACUGUACCCAGCCCCGUCGAGGCCAGCUGCCCGCAGACCGGAGGCCCCGAGGUGGAGGGCCUGAAGGCUAGACUCAGCCUGCUGGAGGUGCUGGUGUCCCAGCUGUCUGGUGGGGACACCGGGGGUCACCAAGGGGCCAGAGCCAGAGCUCAGUCUGAGCUUCAGGAGGCGCUGAACCGGGUCAUGGGGGAGAGGAACCUGCUGCAGGGGGAGAAGGAGCGUCUGGAGGGGGAGUUGGAGGGGCUUCAGCGCAGGAUGGAGGAGAUGAGGAGGGAGACGGAGAGGCUGAGGAACAGACCCUGUCCUCCACAGACGCCCGCCGUGCCACCAAGCCUCCCUCUGCAGGGCAGUGCCCUGAUGAGACCUGCUGGGGGUUCCAGUCCGAUGUCUCACCUGAUGACCAGGCCCAACAGGCAGGGAGACAGCAGCGGUUUGAGAGACUCAGCGUGGCAGCAUGGAUCUCCAGGCUUCCAGGAGCUGAAGGCAGAGGUGACAGAGGUACCCGCUCCUGACGGCUCGGAGGACAACACAGGUUGUGGGGAGUUGGUUUCAGUUGGUGAGCCAGUCACUCACAGGAAGGCUGACAACAUAGAAGGUAAAUAUGGUGUUUGGAUGCAGGAUCCUGAGGCUGUCUCCCCUUACGGACCCAACAUGUUUUGGCGCAUUGACACCAUUGGCUCUGACGUCAGGAAGCUGUUUGGGUAUGAGGACAUGGAACAACUCUCUAAAGGCUUUCCGUCCAAGGUCCUGUUGUUGCCGGAGCAGGUGGAGAGCACUGGUGCCACUCUGUACCGAGGCUCUCUGUACUUUCAGAGACGUCGUAGCCGCACCCUCAUCCGCUACGACCUGGCCUCUGAGAGCAUCGCAGCCCGUCGUGACCUCCCGCACGCCGGCUUCCAUGGCCAGUUCCCCUACUCCUGGGGAGGCUACACGGACAUCGACCUGGCUGUGGAUGAGCAGGGGCUGUGGGCCGUCUACUCCACCGUCAAAGUCAGAGGAGCCAUCGUGAUCUCGCAGCUGGACCCAUACAGUCUGGAGGUGAAGAAGAGCUGGGAGACCAACAUCAGGAAGAACUCUGUGGCCAACUCCUUCAUCAUCUGCGGCAAGCUGUACACCGUGGCCAGCUACACGGCACCCGACACCGUCAUCAACUACAUGUACGACACUGAAACCAGCCAGGGGAAGGCCAUGGCCAUCCCGUUCAAGAACAAGCACCGCUACAACAGCAUGAUCGACUAUAACCUGGCUCAGAGGAAGCUGUUUGCCUGGGACAACUUCCACAUGGUGUCCUAUGACCUCAGGCUGGGUCGCCAGCAGGCCAACUAAGGCUGUCAUGAGUAUUGAAAAGUGACAUUUGCUCACCUGUUCCUGCUUCAAAGACUCAGAGCUUUAGAACAUAAUGUGUGUGGUAGAGGUAGUUAUAAAGCCAACACCAUCAGUAUCAACAUGUAGAAGAACCAAACGAACAACCAAACUCCAAAGUGAAAUGAAGCCGUUUGAGGAACAGUGUCCCCUGCAGGUCUGCUUUUUUUUUCUUCAGUGGGAGGAGCUUUUGCUGUGGCAUGGUCCACAAAUGUUUUUAGAGGAAUUAUUUUUGUACCGCCUUUAAUUCAGAUGUAUGAUUUUUAUUGUUUUCUUGUUAAGAUAUAUAUAUAUAUAUAUAUACAUAUAUAUAUAUAUAUGUAUUUGAGGUCUGAAAGAUGAAGCAUAGUUGAAUUUCACAAGCUAAGUGGGAUAAUUAAUGCAUUCAAUUUCCAACACAUACUCCUGUGGUACUACACACCCUACAGUGUUUCACCAGUCAACAUCUCUUAUUAAAUAAACUGCUCUCUCACUCAGCAUGUACUGAAUAUCGCAUGUACUUGUACACUGUAGUCAACAUAAUGAUGCAAUGUUCAAAAUCGUCAUGAAAUAAACUUCUUUCUAAAUUACAA